CCUCAGUCCAUUAUGGGCAAACGACGGACUUACGACAGUGAUUCCUCCUCUGACCACGAUGUUUCUUCGAAUUCCGAGGAGGAUUACAGCGACUUUGAACGUGCCCCGAAGAAAAAGCGGGCCAGAACGGUUAGAACGCCCAAGAUCAAGACGCCCACUACACAAGCACACGUCACAAUUAGAGCAACCGACACUCCGCUAGAUACGGCCGACGCUCAACAGCGCGUCAGCAAUAUAGAUGAAGCCGUGCUGGGCAGAAUACGCAAGGCGCUUGCGCUUGCCGUUCAUGAAGGGACGGGGGAGCAAGAAGCCCCAAGCUGCCCGGGCCCCCUUCGAGGAGAUUUUGAACUGACAGCUCUCAGUGUUUCCCAAGCCGAUGUUCUCGCCCACGAAACAGAUGCCGAGAAACUACAACGAGCUGGUCAAUCAGUCGUCUCAAUUAAGAGCACCAUCUCUCCGGACAAGGCGGUCAGUCAUUUCAGCUGGACAAAUGCACUUGCAGCGGCGAUGGGGACGUUCUUUGGGUGCCAAUCAUAUAGCACGGCAUUUCGUGGCGCGUUUCCAAAAAUUGAUUGGACGUUUUAUGGGCUUGCGGAGCAGACCGUUGCCGCCGCGCAUGCGUUCGAAAUGUGCUACAACUUGAUACUGAACUGGAGUCUGAAGCCUGAAGUCGGUAAAGGCAUCAAUGUCCGCAACUGUUAUUGCUCUGGAGUUGCGAGUGGACUGCAAAAAAUGGCUCGAGAAGACAAAGAAAAGGACAAACAACGUGCGGUGAAGAAGGAAUUAGCACUUAUCAAAGCACGUGAGGCAGAGGAGGCCGCUGAAGACAAGAGUCGGCUGGACCGACUCAAAGCUCCGAAGGAAGAGGAGGUGAAACCAACGCCUAGAGACCGAAAAGUCAAAGUAGAAGAAGUCGAGGAUGAAGACUCGCUGAAACCCAAAGUCGAGUCAGUCACUAUAGCGCAACCGGACGAUAGCCAUGAUUAUGACGACGAUGACUACGGGAUAGGCGCCCCUGUUUACGAAACAGUUGGUGCCGAUUUCGACGCAGCUGAUGAUGUCAACAAUCUCCUGGACUUGGAUGCUGAACUGGAGAGGUCUAAAACUCGAGACCGAACCAAAAGGUCGAUGCCUCCGCCUCCACCGCCUGUUAUCAAAAAGGAGGAGCCAGAAGAAGAAGAGUCACCGUGGAACUCAGUCUCGCAACUUAUCCAAUUCCGAGAGACCAGCAUAGCUAUCGGGGACGACUAUCUCAAGAAAGAAGGCAUUAAACUGCGGAAAGGGAGAAAGCUACAACCACUAGAAUUUAAAGACUCGCGGAGUUCUGCGUCGUAUAACCGAGGGAGGGAAGAUGCUCGCAAGAUAGACGUGCGCCAGAGGCAGAUCAAGGAUGUCGACAUGGAAUGA